CGCGAGCCAGGUGAUUAUAAGGCAAGCUCUUAUCAAACAAAACCGAGAUCAAUGAAAAAUUUAAGAUUUGACCCUCCAAAUGAAAAUGAUUUCUCGAUACAUAGCAAACAUCCUAAUUUUCGACACACCAUCGGGCUUUUAUAUUCUCAAUUCUGUUAUUUAUCCCGCGAUAUCAGCUCCAGCAGCCCUAAACAUACAUACAUCGAUGGGAACAACAGCCACAACCUUCACUAUCAGACCUCAUCGCCGACUAACGAUUAUUUCGCGUCCAGAAAACCGAUAAAGAACGCGACUUCUCAACGGAAACUGCGUAGGUCUCGGCAUGCCAAUUCCAAAGAUGACUUUGGCGCAACCUCCCUCUCUCCGAAGGCAGCGCGCUUAUUCGUCGGAAUGGCCGCGCAUGUUAACGAAGGGAAGAAGUCUCAAUUUGCAGCAUACCAGAGAGAACCAAGUGCAUUCCUAGGAGGUUCAUAUCACUCCGUGCACGCUUUUCGGCAUGGCCACGCGCCUAGCAAUUUUGUAAGCGAGUAUCGCCCCGUUGGUAUUCAUGAUCUGAACUCAAGUGAUGUCCGAGCGCCGAACCAAGAAGCAUCGUUGCCGUUGGUUUGGGCGGAGGAGCCCCAAGCGCAGCUACUCUUCAGCAACGACACCGGCGCGGUCCUGAACUGCGCGGCUCGCGCGCCCGGCGGCUACCCGCCUACAGUGGCGUGGUCAACGCAGGAUGGGCGACCUUUUCUGCCGGUCCCUGGUUUGGUGGAGCAGCUCAGCAACGGAAGUCUAUGGUUCCUGCCGUUCCCGGGCCAUCGCUUUGACGCCAGCCUUCACCGCGUCAUCAUUUCUUGUACCGUCGCUUGCGACCGUGGGGCGCUCAUAUCGCGGCCCUCCGCCGUCACUGCGGUGGUGAUGGGGGACUACGAGGUGCAGGCAUACGACCAGGUCGUCGUGGCCGGCAACAUCGCCGUGUUCACGUGCCACGUGCCACCUGAGCUGCACGACAUCCUGGUCGUCACGUCGUGGCUCGUCGACGGCAGCGUCGAGAUCUUCCCGUCUCUCUACGGCGGUGAGGUUCUUUCUGUUUUUAACUCUUUUUCUUUACCCUUCACCAUUUCAUGA